UUCAUAGCAGUGCAAGGUAGAGUGGGGAGGUUGUCUGCUCAUCUGUGUCUCUUCGCUUUUUCAAACUGCGUUCCUUUUACUAUGGGAUAUUUCACUAAGAGUCGUGGCUGACUAAACUCGGCUUUAAUGCAAGUUGCUUGCUUCCAAUAACAGCACAAUCAGGCAGGCGUCCCAGGUCACAUGACCGCUGCGGCACAGACGAGAGAGGGGAAAUGAGCAGUAACCACAGAACACUGCCUUAGCAACAGGUGGUGCAAAGGGGCCACUUUAAUUAUUUGGAGGGGUUUGGAGAUUCAAGAAAAUAACAAGAAUUGACUUUUUUUAGAGACAUUUUCUGCAGAAAACGGCAUUCCGAAGAACUUCGCCGUUGGUUUGAAAGAGCCUUGUCUUCUUACCUGCUUCUCUCAAAGGGCUCCUGUUUUGGAUUUCCUGUUGCCGAGCAGAAGUGUUUGUUUUAAUUGUUCUCGUCGGAACUCCAUCUUGAGCAGCUGUCAAAACAGGUUUAAGAAUGGAUAAAAAAUUCGAAGACUUUCUGAAUGAAGCAUUCAACACUGAUGCAUUUUCAACCACAGACAAUGUGGAUGACGAAACAAGCUUGGAUGAGGAAUACGAUUUCCUAAAACUUCCAUCGUUUAUGGAGCAAGUGGAGGAGACCGGAAACGAUUCAGAUCCUAGAGAAUCUGAGGGUCAAACGGAAGAGGAGAUCGAUGAUUCAGCCAACAAUAAUCGCCGGGAGACUGAGAUGUUUAGGGAUUCAGAAAUCACAGAGGUUGAAGGAAAAAGUGGAGCAGAGACUUGUGGAGAUGAUGACCUAGUCAAUAAAAAUCAGCAGUGGAAUGAUGACAGUCCAGGUCUCCUGGAAGAAGAUUAUGAUAAGUACCAUCUGGAAAAGAAUAGCGAAGAAAGGGGACUAGGAGAAGAUUACAAGGAACAAUCUGAGGGAGAUUUAGGAGCAGUAGAGAGUGCAGAAAAUCUAGCUAGUUUAUCAGAGGAGGAAGACUUAGAAGUCAGUGGACAUGAGAAAGAAGAUCAGGGUCAUUUUGAAGGAGAUUUAGGAGCAGAUAGACUGGAGGAGAGCUCAGAUGAAGACCAAGGUGUGUGCCUAGAUGAGGAAAGGAGUCUGGAAGAGAUGGAAAAGUGGGAACAAAACUCUGAGGAUCAGUUUUUGAAGAUGGAAGGAGGUUGGGAUGUUAAUUUGCUGGGCAGUAAAGAAGUGGGGGAAGUAUCGAAUGUUGUCCAAGAUGAAGGUGAUGGCGUCAAUACUGAUGAGGACUUGGGUGUUGAAGAUGAACACCUAGUUGGUGAUGUUGUGGAUGUGCACUUAGAAGAGGGAGAACACUUGCAAGUGAGAUCUGAGGAAGACCUGGAAGAAACUCACCAAGGAGUGACACAACAGUUUUUCAUCAACUGGGAAGGGGCAGGAGAAGAGGACUUAGUGAAUUACCACCUGGAAGAUGACUGCCUGCAAGUCAUACCUGAAGAGCUUGAACAAGGCUCUUUGAAAGACCUAGAGGAGAUAUAUCAAGAAGAAGAAGAAGAAGAAGAAGAAGAAGAAGAAGAAGAAGAAGAAGAAGAAGAAGAAGAAGAGCAUGAGAAAGACUUAGAUGUUGAGGAGCAUGUAGACUGGCAUCAAACUAUGGAAACCCACCUAAAAGAAGAGGAUCUGAUGGUGAUACCUAUGGAAAUCCUUGAAGAGCCAUACCAAGAAGUAGAAGCGGAUCAGGAAGAAAUAAAGCACAGACAAAAAGAAGAAGAUACCUUUUAUGCCGAGUCUUUGUCAAAGUGGGAUAGAACAGGAAUGGAGCAUUCUAUAAGCGAGUCAGAGAGUAAGAUCCAGAAAGAUGGGAAUAAAAGUCCCCCACCGGGCUGUCUUGACCUAGACCUGUACAGAAGUGAAGAGUUGUGUCCGGAUGACCCAGCGGUCAAAGAGCUGAACCUCAUAGACAAUGAACUUUUGUUGAAAGGAGUGGAGUUUUCAAUGAGUAAAGGAUCAAAAGAUCUUCCUUACAAGGAGCCUCAAGAGAUACUGGAGAAGUACAUUGAAUGCCUAGCUAAGGAAGAGAAGAGACCAGAUUCUGGAGAUGAGGAUAGAGAGGUCCUCCCAAGAAGCUGUCCAAAGGUGGAGAUCCAAGUCAUUGGCUGCAGCGAUGAAGAAACUGAAAGUCCUGAAUUUGAGAGCCUGGAGUUGACAACAGAUAAGGAACAGGGACGAGACAAGAAGGAGAUUGAGCUACCACAGAAGGACUGGCAGAACUCGGACGUUGAGGAUUCAGUUCAGACAGAAUCCACGGGUGGAGUUCUGGAGAACUUCCCAGAAGAUCCACAUUAUUCCACAGUGAUCACCCAAGGGUUGAUGGGACCUUUGGACCUACAAGUAGAUGUUCAGAGGGUCACACAGGCUGAGGACAGCAGAGGUCAGAAGAAGGAAGAUCUAGAAGGAUCAGGAAUUUUGGAGUCUUACCUGUUGUAUGAUGAAAUGUUGGCAAGCCAGGAGAACGCAGAGAUGUGGAGCCAGAAAAGAGGUCCUUCCAAAGAUAAAAAGCAUUCCGUCCAUUUUUGCUUGGAUGCUGUCAUUAUACAGCCUGAGAAACACAGCAGCGACUCAGAUUCUGAAAGCAGCAUUCCGGAUCCAAGCGAAUAUUUCCAGACUGAAAAAAUAUAUUCUGAGAAAUAUCUGGAGCUGGAAGCGUCCGAGGAUGAGAUUGAAACGGAUGAUUUGCCAGAGAGAUGCUCCCUGCUUCUCCAGCAAAUCCAUGUGACACGAGAGGCCCUAAACGACUUCGCUAUGGAUCUGAGGGACCAGCGAAGGAGCAGCAGCAAGGGUUCCAGCCCCUUGCUGAUGUUCUUACGGAUUUUCCUGGUCACCCUGUUGGGAAUUUUGCUGUUCUGGUGGGCGACCGAGCAACUGGACUUCCCAGAUCUUCUGGACUUCGACUGACCUCAAUUAACCGAGGUCACAGCCAGGCAGCCACUGCAACACAUACAGCUAUGGCCAAAAGUUUAGCAAAGUAACUACAAAACGUCCACCAGAAGCAAUAAUAGCAGUACAAAGCGGUGUGUAAUUCAGUAUGUUAAGGUAACAUUAUUCAGCAGGUUUAAAUUCGACUUCAUGAAACAAAAUUUGUUAAUUCUGUAGGGUGAUGGAACACUUUUGGCCAUAGCUUUAGUCAGUCUAUGGGUGGUAUUGGAGGGAGAUUCCAGCCUAAUAUUAAAGAUAGGGUUUCAACACUUUUAGAGGAAGGGCGGGAUGCCUAGUUAUAUCUUGGUGACACAUAUCAAAAAGCUAGUAAUCAGGGCUGAGGCCAAUUCCUGUGUUUCAAUUCCAAUUCCUUUUUAAAAUUAGUUCCCAGUUCUCCUUUAAUCAAUUCCAACACACUGUUGAUCAAAAUGGCAAUUUGCAGUGUUCUGUUAAAUGAGCUUCUCACAACGGCAACAAAUGACUGAGAUUGAAGUCGCUGUCUGUCAGUCAGUUUAAACUGGCUUCAAAUGAAAGCAGCUGAACAAUCGCAGCAGUCAUUACUAUAUCUCUAAAAUCUCAAUUCCGAGAGUAAUGACAACACUUUUCAAUGAACUAUCACAAUACAUUUUUUCUAAGAUUAGUUACCUAUUUGUAGUUGCAUUUUAAUGUUCCGAGUUGGUGAAUUUGCAUUGUCUUCAAUUACUACCUCAUCUGAAGUGGUAAACUGUUUUUAUGAUGUUGCAAUAGCUAAUCGUGGGUUUAAUCAUAAAUAAGGAGGCUUGGUGGUCCAGUGUCUAAAGAAAGGGGCUCGUUAACAGGAUGUUCAGAUCCCGGCUCAGCCACUGACUCAUUGCGUGUGACCCUGAGCAAGUCACUUCACCUCCAUGUGCGCUGUCCUUUGGCUGAGACAGUUGUUGAUGGAUAGUUCACCCCCUAGUCUCUACAAGUCGCUUUGGGUAAAAGCACCUGCUAAUUAAUAAUAAUAAUAAUAAUAA